AUGGCCACAAUGAAACGUUGUCAGCGAAAUUUGCGUCUUGAGCAAAUCAAACGAGUAUGGCGACAUCAGAAAAAUCGUGUGCGGCAUAUACUCAAUCUGGAAAAACUCACCUCAGACGUUGAAGUGACGCUUGAAGACGUCAUUGCUGCCAGAAAAGGUUUUAUGACCGACUAUGAGAUAGCCAUAGCUCGUGCUUACCUUGAUGUUCCUCCUCGAUCUCAUUCUCCUGGUAAUCGACGUCUCGAAGAACUCGAUCUCUCAUUUCGUAAACGGGCAGCUACAUCACCAAGCCUACGAAUUGACGACUCUGUGUCCAGUGUGAGUUUCUAAAC